AUGUCCGUCUGGAAUCCAGAUAAUAUCCGCGACGUCGCCGAGUCCGCGGGCAUUGUGAACCUGAACAACGAUGUCACCGAGAAUCUGGCCCGCGACGUCGAAUACCGCAUCGCUCAGGUCCUCGAAGAGGCGCUGAAGUUCAUGCGCCAUAGUCGACGCACGCUACUUACGACGCAGGAUGUGGCCCAGGCCCUGCAUGUUCUCGAUGUCGAGCCGCUUUAUGGUUACGAGUCUACGAGGCCGUUACGGUUUGGGGAGGCAUCCCUUGGACCCGGACAGCCACUGUUUUACGUGGAGGACGAGGAGGUGGAUUUUGAGAAGUUAAUCAAUGCACCGCUGCCAAAGGUUCCUCGGGAGAUUUCAUUUACCGCACACUGGUUGGCCGUUGAAGGUGUGCAACCGUCGAUUCCUCAGAAUCCUACCGCCGCCGACUCGAGAAAUCUGGAAUUGAUGUCCAAAGGCCCCAAUGCCAACUCCACCCUGGCAGCCAUGAGUGGCAGCGGUAAUGUGGCCGUCAAACCGCUGGUCAAGCAUGUGCUGUCCAAAGAGCUCCAGCUCUAUUUCGAGAAGGUUUGCAAUGCGUUUUUGGACGAGUCGAGUGAGGAAUACCGCACCUCGGGCUACUCCAGUCUGCGUGAAGAUCCGGGUCUGCACCAACUGGUGCCGUACUUUGUCCAAUUCAUUUCCGAGAAGGUCACCCAUGGCCUGAAGGACAUUUUUGUCUUGACGCAAGUGAUGCACAUGGCCGAGGCGCUGGUGCAAAACAAAUCGCUUUACGUUGACCCCUAUGUCGCAUCCCUGGUGCCUCCUAUCCUAACCUGCCUAAUUGGCCGCCAACUCGGUGGGAACGCCGACUUGUCCGAACAGUUUGCCCUGCGGGAUCUGGCGGCGUCCCUUCUCGGCCUCAUUGCCCGAAAAUACUCCCAUUCCUCCCAUACCCUCAAGCCACGGCUGGCGCGGUCGUGCCUGAAAACAUUCCUGGACCCAUCGAAGCCGUUUGGAGCCCACUAUGGAGCGAUCAUUGGGCUCCACGCGGUCGGGGGCGCAGAGGCAGUGCGGGUUUUGAUAUUGCCAAACGUCUCGACGUAUGGUAACUUGCUGAAGGACGGCCUGACGGAUGACAGUGCGCGACGACCGGAGGCAGAACGGGUCCUAGGGGUUCUUCUCAGCGUUCUGGCGACCUUGCGGGAAGGACGCAUGGCUCUUUCCAACGGAGACAGUGGCAUGGUUACGGAGGAGGUCCGGCAGCGACUCACCAGCGCAGUGGGAGAAUUCAUGGCCGGUAAGAUUAGUGAGAUGGGCGAGGUACAGCUGGCGCAUGCCGUCCUGGAAUCGUAG